AUGGCAAAAUUAGGAUGUUUGAAGAUUAUGACAAAAGUCUUGAUGGCAGUGAUGGUGAGGGUAAAGAUGAAAAUUUAUAAUAAAAAGAUGAUGAUGAAGAAGAUGAAAAAAAUGAUGAUGAAGAAGUUGAUGAGGAAGCUGAUGAGGAAGCUGAUGGGGAAGAUAUCUCAAAAUGAUAAUAUGGCACUGAGUAGAGUAGAUAAGAUGAGUAGAGUAGAUAAGAUGAGUAGAGUAGAUAAGAUGAGUAGAGUAGAUAAGAUGAGUAGAGUAGAUAAGAUGAGUAGAGUAGAUAAGAUGAGUAGAGUAGAUAAGAUGAGUAGAGUAGAUAAGAUGAGUAGAGUAGAUAAGAUGAGUAGAGUAGAUAAGAUGAGUAGAGUAGAUAAGAUGAGUAGAGUAGAUAAGAUGAGUAGAGUAGAUAAGCUGAGUAGAGUAGAUAAGAUGAGUAGACAUAUCAGUGUGAUUUUUUAA